GAUCUAGAUAUCGAAACCUAUGUUCAUCUUCAGAUGUUUUGCGUGGGGCUACAAUUGGAACAACAUCUUUGUCUCAUUGACUCUAAUGUGAUUACCGAGCAUAACCAAUCAAGCAAUAGAUUAACGUUAGAAUCAUCAAAAUCAGACGUAUCAGUGCCCAAACAAAAUCAAUAUAAUUUGAGGCGAAAAAGAAGCCUAGAUAUUGAUGAAAACGAAAUUAUGAAAAGGGUUAAUCAUGGUGAUGACACUACACCAUGCCCACGUAUUCCAGUUUCGUAUCUUCCAAG